ACAGUGAUUGACCACCUCCAACGACCUUGUUGCGUCGUGUGCAGUCGAGUCGAGCGGACCCCUCCUCCCCUCCGCCCUCGCUUCUCGAACCUUCUAGUAGAUUCCGCCGCCGCCACCCCGCUCCAAAUCCUCCUCCUGCCCCGCCUACUCCGCGCUCGCCGCCGCCUUCCCCUGCCGCGGGGCCCGAGAUGGACGACGCGUGCGCCGUCUGCGCGGAGCCGCUCGAGUGGGUGGCCUACGGCGCUUGCGGCCACCGCGAGGUCUGCUCCGCCUGCGUCGCCCGCCUCCGCUUCGUCCUCCGCGAUCAACGCUGCUGCCUCUGCAUGGCCCACUGCCCCGCCGUCUUCGCCACCAAGGCAAUGGGGGACCGCACGAGGGUGAUCAGCGAUUUCUCGGCCCUCCCGGUUGCACCCGGCGAGGGGAAGGCUGGGGAGUACUGGUACCACGAGGACACGCAGGUGUGGUUUGACGAUGCCGACCAUUACAGGGCAGUACGCUCGAUGUGCCGGAUUUCUUGCACUGUUUGCGAAGGUAGCAGCAGCAAAAGAGUGAAGAAGGGCCGUAAGGUGGGCAAGCCGAAACAUAAUGUUAAGUUUGGGAGCAUCGAGCAGCUCAAAGGGCAUCUGAUCGACCAGCAUUGCUUGUACAUGUGUGACCUUUGCUUGGACGGGAGGAAGGUAUUUACUCGCGAGCAGAAACUUUAUACAAAGCCUCAAUUAAAUCAGCACAUAAAAUCCGGUGAUUCUGAGGUUGAUGGCUCGGGAAUUGAGCUCAGAGGUUUUGUAGGGCACCCAAUGUGCAAGUUUUGCAACAGCCCAUUUUAUGGAGAUAAUGAACUAGAUACACAUAUGACAAGAGAACAUUAUUCUUGUCACAUAUGUCAGAGGCAGCAUUCUGGGCAAUGUGAUUAUUUCAGGAACUAUGAUGACUUAGAGGCGCAUUUCCGGUCAGACCAUUUCUUCUGUGAGGACAGGGAGUGUUUGGAGAAUAAGUUUGUUGUCUUCCAAAGUGAAGCAGAGCUCAAGAGGCAUAAUGCUGUGGAGCAUAGGGACCUCAUGCAUCAUGCACGGAAGAAUCUUGCACUCCAGACAUCAACCGGUUCUAGAGAAUGGAGUGAGCAAGAGAGGAGUCAUGGCAGAGGUAGGAGGAAUAAUGCUUGGGGCCCCAUUGGUGCAGUUGACAAUACCUUGCUGUCUGUGCGUAGCAUUGCAAAUGUGGGCCGUGGCUUGGGAAAUCAAGUCACUUCUGUUGCAGCUCCCUUGCCAUCAUUGAGUAUUUGUUCUGGUUCUGGGCAAUCAUCACAAGCGGGCCAAAGCUCUGGGACGAACCGUGUAUUGCAGCAAUCAUACUUCUCUCCCCUCUCCCGUCAGGAGGUCCCUGAUGCAAGAAUAGGCUCUGUUCUUCAAGAAGCUUCAUCCCCUCCUGUAUCAGAAAGUUAUACGCCAGCACUUAGUCGGAGCUCAAGGAAUGCUGCAAGGAUAAGGGACGAGGCAUUUCCUCCUUUACCAGGCAUUAGUAACAGGAGUGCUGCUUUAACGCAGCAAGGGGUAAGAAAGGUAACUGAGAACACUCGUGCAUCCGGUUUCCAACAGCAGAGCAAGGGAACUGUGAUUACACACCAGCUUAGGUCCGUUGAAAAUACCGACUCUAUCCCUUUUGAUUCAAGUCGUUCCCUAAGUUCGCCUAUGCCCAACCCAAGUCCUGACAUUAGCGGAUCUUCAAGUCUGUCUUCUGCUGGAAAUGAAAGGAAAGGCACACUUGUAAACAGCCAGAUGUGCCCUGUGGAGGAUGUUCGUGCAGCAAAUAAUUUCCUGGUUGAAAGAAUUCGGACUGCCUUAGGGAUGGAUCAAGAUAGGUACACAAUGUUUAAAGAGCUCUCUGUGGAGUACCGUCAGGGUGUUAUCAAUGCUUCAAAGUACCUUUCAUAUGUUGAGCAAUUUGGUCUCUCGCACCUCGUUCUUGAAAUGGCUAGGUUACUGCCUGAUCCUCAAAAGCAAAAGGAACUUGCUGAUGCAUACUACACCAACUUGCGUCUUACAAGCCUCCAAGGAAAUGGUGGUGGUGGAACUGUUACCUCAAAAGAAGGCAACCGAAAAAAGAAGGGGAAGGGCAAAGUUCCUGAUGCUACAGGAACUACUAGUGCUACAAAGGAUUCACCUGAAGAUAAGUUCCUGAAAGCUACCCGCAAGCUUCAGUCUCCGGAAGGAAAUUCUAGAGUGGUCCUAAGAGAAGGGUGUGGAGCAACUAGCGGAUCUUCUCAUGAGCUGGGGUGGCCUGUGAAGGGAGCUUGGCAAAACCAUGGAGGACAGAGACUCUUGAGCAAUCUGAAGAAGUAAAUUCGGUUCUGCAGGUUGAAUUACCAGCUUAUCUGCUGUGAAAUGUUGACAUUUCAAGGCAAACUCGAAAGGCGGUGAGGUAAUUAUUAGUUUGCCUUCUGGUAGGUUUUUGUCUUGGAACAAACUAGUUUGCAUGAAUCUGUAUGGGUUACAUAUGUAUGGAGUACUGUGGACGUUGAAGGAGUAAUUUGGACUACCUAGGUCAUUUGCGGACAUUGUUAGGAGAAACUGAUAGCUAUCAGAGCCAUUGUGCUUCAUUCAUGAUGUUUGUGGCA